AUGGAAAAGAAGAAUGGAAGACUUUGGAUUUUGCUUGGGGAAUGUUUUGGCUCAAUGACAAAGCGGUUUGGGAGAGUUGCAGAGUCUCUAGAAGACUUGGCUUUGGAUGUCCCUGAUGUCCAGAAACAAUUUACCCGUUACAUUGAACGAGCAAAGAAUCCAGGGUGGUUGGAUUCCUCAUUUAGUUUCAGCAAAUCAGGACACAUUGCAGAGAAUGGCACUGACUAA